AUGUUGGGGCACGUUGUCUCCCACCGGGAUAGCGGCGACUUCGAUGGCGGCAGCCCCGUGAAACCGCAGGUUCGCGAGGCCGCCGAUGCAAGCAACCCGGCACCUGCCGCGGGAGCAGAGGAUCGCGAUGCCACGCUUGAGUCUACGGGUACUCCGGUUGCGCACCACAGACUCCAGGCUACAGAGGCAGCGGAGAACUCUUCAGAACGGGGCUCGUCCCUAAAUGCUACUUGUCCGAUGUCGGCUCCCUCAGCUACCUCUGCUUCCUACCGGCAACCGGGCACACCAGAAGACAGAGUGGAGAGCUCACCCGCGGAUCUACACGCACACGAUGAAUAUCUCAAUUGGUGGAAAGUGGACCGCCCAAGUGACGGCACUGGUGUCGCGGGAGGUCAGGCUGUGAGAAGGGCAAGCACUAGCAGCGGGCCGUUCUGCCAUCGAAAACGGGCCCCAAGACGCCAUCAGCCAUACGUUGAACACAUUGACGUACCGGCAGCAGAAUCGGGCCAGCCCUUGGUUUCAGCAUACAAGCGGUGCUGUCAGGAGAUUGGAACACUACCAAAUCCUGUUCUCAUUGAGGCAUUUGAGGCCGCUGACAGUGGCACCGGGGACGGUCUCAUUGCCAUCACCACCACACUAAAGGAGGCGAACCGCACACUGGAAAGCUUGAACAUCGCAGAUGUGGAGAAAGUUCUCGUGCAACCAGACCACUGCUUUCAUCUCGGCAGCAUGGUCGAAAUCAACAAUACGCUGACGGAGCUGUGUCUUUCGAAGCAGCGACUAAGAGAUCAGGGAGUUAAGGUGAUGGUGCCCUCCCUGAAAAGAAACACCUCCCUCAAAAAAAUUGAUCUCUCCUGCAACCAGAUUACGUUUUUAGGCGCCAAGGCCAUCUGCGAUCUCCUUCGAGCGAACACGCCGCUACAGGUUCUCAACCUUGACUGCAACAGACUGGCGGAACACGGAGCAAGAUACAUAGCGGUCGGCGUACACGCGAAUCACAAACUGGAGGUUCUUCACUUGAACAACAACAGCAUAGCCCCCCAAGGCUUAGUGGACCUGGCGGGAGCCCUCAUGAUCAAUGACUGUCUUCGCCAGGUGACUUUGGCUAUGAACCAAUUUGACUCUAAGACUGCGGCCAUCUUCGGCAGACUUAUCGGACCCAAUAGCCCUCGCGGUCAGCCACUGAAAACAGACUUCACGACUUACGAAGUCGAGGGGAUCACCUUUGUGUCCAGUCUUCCCCUUCCCUCAACAUGA